AUGUUCCUAGAAACAAAAGUUUUAGUGGAAUACGAUGGUGUCGACUGGCAAAGAAGAGAGUGGGUAGCGGUUUAUUCAUUGAGGACGUUUCGUGUGUUUUUAGUUGAAAGAACUUUAGUGUGGGCACCAAGGAAAGUGAAUAGUAAAGAAGUGAAAUGGCCAGCACUGACAUUUGCUGCAUUGACAGCUGAAGUGAUAUUACAAGCUGAGUCGCAGCCUGUUGAAUUCCUUCAUGAUAAGCAACUACAGUUUUACGACUAUGCCAAUCUACAGCCCUAUCAGGAAUGGGACGCAAGACUGGCUGGCUCUGAAGUGGGAGUUGACACAGCUGUGCUGUCAGACUUAUCAUAUCAGGCAGCUGAAUGGCGGACGAUGCAGGAUGGGCAGAGAAUCUUGACAACCACUCCAUCUGUACUGGGAGGCUGUCGGGCCCAAGUGUACCGAGUCGCUGGAGCCACCCAGUGGUAUACAGCCGUCAUUGUUGGAGUAAAUGAGCAUACAGGCGAGUUGACAGUGACCGACGAUACGGUUCUCGAAGAGCACAGCGAAGACCCAUCUUUAGUUCAAAUGAGGCUUCUCGGCGAUGGAGUAAUUGAGUCCAUUAUGCGCGGAGAAGUCGUGGGAGUUAUGCCGAGAAGAUCUCGCUCCAAUCUCCAAGUAAGUUUCCAACAGUAUUAUGUUUGA